AUAGUACUCAAUAUAAUAAUCUAGGAUUACUAUAUCUUCAAGAAGUAAUACAAAUUAACUAUAUCACAGAUGAGUAUAAAGGGCCAUACAACCUAGCUACCUAUAUUCUCUACAAGCUUGCAAAAGCUAUAUAUAAGGAAAUAUGUAUCUCACGAUACCAAAAAGUAGCAAAUCAGAUACAGCAAACUCCUAGGCAAAUAGAAAAUAUAGACCAAGUACAGCUAUCUAUAUCAACAAAUACAAGAAGCAAUGAAGAUACUGAAAAACAAAGAACUCUAAAAAGAUUGAAUGCAAAGCUCAAAAUCUGA